AUGUUGAGGUGUGGCCAGCGAUUCCGUCUUGCCAUCAGAUAUGAAGAACAUUUAAUCAAAGAGGCUAGGGAAACUGUUCCUUUUGUAUUCAUCACUGAAGAAGAGCAGAUUGUCUGUGGAGAGGAGAACAUAGAAGAAAAAGAACAGGAAGAAACAGGGAAAGGAAAAAUGGUAAAGAGAGAUGAGCAAUCAUUUAAGGGGAAGCAAGUUGAAGAGGUAUCACUUUUUAAAAAUGCUUCAAAAAAAGCAGAAAAGAAACAGAGGAAGAUUACAGCCAUAAAGCUGGACAAAAAGGAACAUUUGAUCAAGAUUGAAGAAACUCAACUGUCUUCCCCAAACAGUGCUAAGUUGGUCCCUUCUUUGCCAGAGUCUUCAGGGGGAAAUUCCUUGGUGCAACAACAAGCCAGAGAAUUUGCAACAAAUGAGAUGCAAGCUGAUUUGGACAGUGUUCACCCAAUCAACACUAAUGGUGUGGGUUUGAUUUUGGGCAUUGUAAAUGCAGAUGGGACGGUAACCCUCGAUAAGCCUGGGUGUUUGACAGGUCCUGCAUUCUUGGGUUCCAUCCAGGGGGAAAAUACUCCUCUUCAGCCUCAAGUGCCUGGGUGCCCUGAGCAGCAGCAGCAAAUUCAACCAGCAAUGGAUUCAUCAUUGAUGUUGACACAAGAUGUGAAUAAGGCUGACAUCAACAAACCUUUCUCAUCAUCUCAAGUGGGUGGCAAGAUAGUAGUUCCUACCCGGGGCAUGUCCAGUCGGAGAGCCAGGGGAACCUCUGGCAGCAGACCAACACGUGGUGCCAUUAGGAGUCCAGGCAUCCAGACAAAGAUGCCAACAAAGGUCCAAGUGAAACAAAACUUCAUACCUUCCCAUGGAAGAACCAUGCGCCUCUGCAAAGCCCCAGAUAUGGACAUUCAAAUUAUUGAGGAGAAGCAGAGGGCUAAGAAUGUCCCACUGCAAGGCAAGUAUUUACCCCCUAUUAACCUGGGUGGAAAUGUGACCUUGAUGCAAUUGGAUCCAAUCCCAGAGUCUUCCAAGAACCCCUUCUUACACACCAACAUUUUGGCUAACCGUGGAAUAACCAUCACACCCCCUUCUGAUGCUGGUCUCCUUGUUGUGGAUGCUCAGGAUCCUGCCACCACUCGUAUUCUUUUCGGAUGA